AUGUACGGCAUACAAGAUUUCACCCCAGUUAAACCUAAGCUUCAAGAUCAUAUCACCACUGUGAAACGUGAAAUUCCACCAUAUAACGGUUGGGGUACUGAUGAAGAUUCACUAGCUAACUGUUAUAGUUUAAUACCAAAAGCACCAAAUCAUAAUUUUAAAAAAUUCAUGGAAUUAGACCGUCAAGGUUUAGAAUCUCAUGUUUUACGUUUUGCUGGACGUUUAUCGUCUGACCGACCGACAGAUCGUGAUCGUCAGUUUGUGAUUAGUUGCUACUUGUCAGAUGAUACAAUUUCAAUUUUUGAACCGCAACAAAAGAAUUCAGGUUUCCAAGGUGGUUUAUUCUUAGAACGAUCAAAAAUAAAAAACCCGACAGUAAAUUAUUUGAUAAUAAACCAAUGGAAUAUUACAAACCAACCGAUUUAUAUGUUGGUGCUAAACUGGAUUUUAAUACAUUUCUAUUUGAAUUAA